AUGCAUCGGCACCUCCUCCAUGGCAUUUCUGGAGCCGUUCUCCUUCUUACGAUCAUGGCGCUCCUCUCUGUAAGACAUUACGGCAUCCGGGAGGCAGGUGGCUACCAAAGGCUUGCAAAAGAGACAUCCAGUAGACAGGAGCAGCAGGAAAUGAUGCGAUGGACCACCAAGGGUGUGAUGUACCACCACAGCAGAGAGCAAGAGAAUGAAGAACUCAAGGUCAACGUAGCACGUUCUGAUGCUGGGGAAGGCCUGUUGCUAGAGGAGCUUUUCAUUGCUGUAAAGACAACCCACAAGUUCCACCAGUCCAGGAUGAGAUUACUGCUAGAUACAUGGAUAUCACGGGUCAGAAACCAGACAUAUGUCUUUACGGAUAAAGAAGAUGAUGAACUGCAGGAAAAACUGGGUGAUCAUGUCAUCAUCACGAAUUGCUCUGCAGAGCAUAGCCACCCAGCACUCUCGUGCAAAAUGGCGGCUGAGUUCGAUGUGUUUUUGGCAAGUGGCCUCAGCUGGUUUUGCCACCUUGAUGAUGAUAACUACCUGAACCCACAGGCUCUGCUCAAGCUCUUGUGGUCUUAUUCCGCAGACCAUGACGUUUACAUUGGGAAGCCCAGCUUGAAUAGGCCAAUUCGUGCCUCAGAAACUUCCCCUAACAAUCAGACAAAACCAGUGUAUUUUUGGUUUGCCACUGGAGGUGCUGGAUUCUGUAUUAGCCAGAAGCUGGCCACCAAGAUGGUUCCCUGGGCAAGUGGCAACAACUUCAUUAUCACGUCAGAGCUCAUCCGCCUCCCAGAUGACUGCACUGUGGGUUACAUCAUUGAGUGCAAGUUAGGAGGACGCCUGGUCCCUAGUGCCCUGUUCCACUCUCACCUGGAGAACCUGCCGCUAAUCCAGAGAUCCCAACUGACCAAGCAGGUCACUCUGAGUUACGGCAUGUUUGAGAAGAAGCUCAAUGCGAUCAAGCUGGCCGGUCCCUUCUCCAAGCAAGAUGACCCUUCCAGGUUCCGCUCAAUCCACUGCCUGCUUUAUCCAGACACUCCCUGGUGCCCACAGCAUGUGACGAUCGGCCAGAAACCGUCGUAG